UGCAAUUCUCUGUUAUUUUUUCUUUCUCUUUUUGGUGGUUCUUGAAUUGUUACUCCAUAUGGCUUCAAUUCUUCGGAAAGCUGUGAAGAACCAAUUUCAAUCUGCCACAACAAGAAUCAUCACUAACCUUAAUAAAUCCGAACCGGCAAUCCUCAGUUCUACCCCUCCUCAGCCACCAAUCUUGGCUCAUCCUUCUUGUAGCAGACGAAAUCAAAUACCCUUUUGUCUCCAACGCGAAACAGAGGAUUCAAAUCAGAAUGUUUCCCCUUGCUCACUGGUUUACCCAAGUUUCUCUUUCGGGUUUUUCCUAAACCCCAUUUCUCAAAUUGGGGUAAUUAAAUCUGAGAAUGAUGGAGGCGUCGUCGUAGAAGAAGAUUCACUGAAGAUAUGGGCGGAUAGUGUGAAGAAAAAGAGGAAGAAGAAGAUGAAUAAGCACAAGUUGAAGAAGCUAAGGAAGCGCUUGAGGAGGAAGACAAAGGCAUAGGUGAAAUUUGAUGUCCCUUUCCGGCAUAAUGUUAAUUGUUUCUACUGAAAUAUAGUCCUUUUCCCAAGUCCAUCACCAUUUUGGGUUGAAAAUAUUGCUCAAUUUCGAUUGCUAAAUCAUGUUUUAGGAAUAAUGAACCUUUUUUCCUCCCGAGUAGAGAUGUAUGUUUGGGAUUUAUGGCCAGGCUUUGUGAAACUGUUGGAGUCUAACAUCUUAGAAGCUUUUAGGGCAAUUCUGAAGAACUCUUGAGAAGUCUCUUCCACAUCUAUAGCUAGUUGUUGCUGUUAUUUACAAUUAUCUGAACUCUGAAGAAC